CACACCUAUGAAAUCGUGUAACUUUAACAGUUCCGGGAAAAGCCAAAGCUGAGAUUGCUCAAGCUAAAAUUGUGAUAAAUGUUUUGUUGUAAAGAAAGCGACGUUUGACGUUUCUGUUGUAAUAACAAGCUUGGACACGAAGAAAACUUUUGAAAUUGUUAAAAAGCUAUUACAAAACACUCGCUGGAAUGCUGAGUCGAUCUAUAGUCGUGCAAAGUCUCAGGAGUAUUAGAGAUAUCUUUUUUAAUACAAGACGUCAAAGAAAUGACCAAAGUGAUGCUCAGAAUGAGCCAAAUCAUGACGUCAUCGGACCCUCUCUGGACAAUCUGUCGGUGGACAUGCAGUUUCUCAUUAUGACCUUCCUCUCUCCACAAGACCUCUGCAGACUGGGAGGCACAAGUACAUACUGGCGAUCAAUGGUUAAAGACCCUGUCCUGUGGAAGUACUUCCUGUUGCGUGAUAUGCCACUCUGGCAGUCAGUUGACCAUUUAUCAAUGCCUCAGGUCAAGCUCACUGGCACAUCUGUGCUGGAUGACUCUGAGAUGCAGCAAUUUAAUUAUAUGGCUGAGUAUCUACGGCUCUGCCCAGCAUGUCGCAACCAAUGGCGAUGUCAACCCAGUUCAACAUUUGAGUAUGUGACUUCAUUCUUCCAGUCCCUAGUACCAGUUGCAGAGCCACAGUUCGCCAUGUUCGGUCCCGGACUUGAGCAGUUGGAGGUUUCCCUAAUGAAUAAGAUCAUGCAUUCCCCUGAUGUACUGCCUAUAGCAGGAAUACCUCAACAUCAGAUUGAUGGCAUUGGAUCUGGAAUCAGUUUUAAGUACAAAGAUCAGCACCAAUUCAAUAUUAUAACUUUGUAUUCGACCAACAGGACAGAGAGAGAGAGGGCUCGCCUGGAGCAGCUCAGUCUGCGCAGUAAGCUCUUUGUCUAUCAGGAGGGUAGUGAGUGCAAUACACCCUUAAGUCUCAACCCUAUGUUUAAUGAAGUUUGUCAAGCUGUAAACGGAUUCAUCUUUGUGGCAAAUGCUGAGACAAACAGAGGAUCUAACAGAGAGUGGGAGGAGGAAAGUGCUCAGAUCAGGGUCAUGUUAGACCCUCUGCUAAGCACUGUGUCCCAGCCUAUUCUGGUGCUCUCUUGUGUGUCUAGAGAGACAGCUGACAGACAAAGGAUUCCAUGUGUGACAGUAGCCUAUCAGCUUCAGCUCAGCUCACUGCGCAACCACUGGAUGGUUCAGGACACUACUGCAGAAACGCUAACAGGACUACUGGAUGGUAUUGAUUGGCUACUGAGGCAUUCUGGUGUCAAGCUGUGACCACCAAGACUGUUAUGAAGCUGCACGAUGUAAUGGCCAUUUAAUAGAGGCCUUUCAAACAUCUUACUAUCAGUAACAAGCAAGAUCAGUAACAAGCAAGACACUAUGUACGGUUGUUUAUUUUCCAUCUACCCUAAUGUGGACCAAAUAAAAUUUUGGUAACACUUUCUAUGAAGCCCAUAUUUAUAAUGCAUUGUAAAGGCAUUAUAAUACAUUAGUAAUAUAUCAUAAUACACCUUAUAAUAUGUUAUAACUUCUCAUAAAUAAUUGUAACCACAAUUAUAAUACAUUAUAAUACUUGCCUAUUCAUAGUACUUUAGAGUAUAAUGCAUUACAACACAAGCAACAUAACAUUUUAUCUGCAGAAGUUAUAAUGUAUUACAUACAGGAUAUUUUGUAAUAUAUAUAAUAGGUAUGCUUUAAAUAAAGUGACAAAAGCAAUGCCUUAUAAACAUCCAUAUGAUAUUUGUAAGUGGUAAUAAGAAAUUAUAAGUCAAGCUGGAAGUUAUAUACAUUACACAUGCACAAAAUAACACACAUUCAAUGUACAUUUUGAGAUAUUAAGGAAAACACUUGUAAAGCUACAAGGUUCAAAUAUAUUAGAAGCUCUAAAUGUGUAUGUUGAUCACACAUGUAAACACACCCAAGAAUAAAAACAAAAUCAAACUGAUUGUGUACCGGAUUCAAUAAACUUUAAUGUUUGUGCAUCUUAUUUGGAGACUUAUUUUUAUAAAUAACUUCCAUUAUAUAAGUGUGACUUGUAAUGUAUUGUGUUAUAAGUUUAUGUUAUGGCUGUUUAUAAGAAGAUAUUGCUUUUGUAACUUCACUUAAAGCAGGCAAAGACCACUUAUAAUAUGAUUAUGUCAUACAGAUCUUUGACUGUUUACACUAUACAGCACUUAUAUGUUUAACUUGAACUUCUGCUGCGCUAAAUUGGGAUGUUGCUUGUGUUAUAAUGCAUUAUACUCUAAAAGUAUAACUAUGAAUUGGGAACUUCUUAUAACUAUAGAUAUAAUACAUUAGAAUUACUUAAGAGAAGUUAUAACUUAUUAUAAGGUUUAUUAUGAGACAUUAUAAAUUCAGUAUAAUGCCUUUACAAUUCAUAUAAAUAUAGGCUUCAUAGAAAGUUUUACCAAAUAUUUUUGUAAUAUACUGUACGUAUGCCAUGCACUUAUAUUGGAUUUCAGUCAACACUUUCCUGUAAUACUUUUUACAUGCUGAUUAUUUUUGUUGGGAUUUUUAGCUUAUUAAUUAUUUUGC